AUGUGGUACCGUUCACUACUUCGAAAAUCACCAGUAAUUUUCUCAGCCACCGUCUUGCCAUUGGGAUUCGUGGCACUGAAGAAAGGUUUAAAAUAAUUAAAAGUAACCAUCAAAAGAACCUAAUAUUCAAGAAGAUAAGGAACAUGAGAAAAGGGACUCCAAAAACUUCAAGUUGAAGAAAAUCGAAGCAAGGAAAGCUGUCGUCACAGCCAUGGUAUUUUUGAGCUAGAUCCAGAGACGAAUGGAAAUCGGAAUUUGAGCAAACUGCGGGGAUACCAGGCCUUAGCGUUGGCGUCACAGUCGACGGCGUGACUGUCUGGGCCGAAGGAUUCGGCUACGCCAACGUCGAAACUCUCACCCCGUGUGAUGCCAAAACAGUCAGAUUUAUUUCUGUUUAACGGUGAAAAAUCCUUGAAUGAUCCAAUAGAACGAGAGGCGAGGUUAUCCGCUCCAAUAUUUUAUGAAAUAAGUCUCUGCGCCUUUGAAAAUCACAUCAAGAAAAAGAGAUUUCAGAAAACAAUGAAAUUUGAAAGAUUAAUGGCAUAACCAAAACGUAAAAAAAUAGCUUGAUGUUGUUUAAAAUUAAUACCCUUCUUUUCUGAACAAAGCUACAUCUAAUAAAACUCAGGUGAUGAGAAUCGCGAGUAUCAGCAAGCCGAUAGCCGCGACAAUAGCGGCUCGAUUGGUUCAAGAGGGGAAGCUUGAUAUUGAUAAGGAUAUCAAGGUAUGCCUUUGGAUUCAAUUUCUUCAAAAGUAUCAAUCAAAAUUAUAGGAUUAUCUACCGGAUUAUCCUAAUAAAAAGUUCGAAAGAAGAUCGGUUAUUAUAACUACACGACAAUUGCUCUCGCACUCAGGAGGAAUUCGUCAUUAUAAAGAGGAAAAUGUUGGUUUUCUAAAUUUUUUUUGUUCAUUCUCGAACCCAAAAUUAGUCAGAAACGUCGGUACGAACGAAAGUUGUUGUGAAACUGGACAGUCGAAACCUUUGA